ACUUUCGCGCCGAUUUAUUCACCGCGGAACUAAUGAACACGCUUGUUUGCCCUGGGAAGAGUUUGACCCGAACACCGCAUCACACAGGCUGAUGCAAGUUGAAUGAGUGAGCUGUCAGCUGUGCGUGAGGAAUACUGAACGGGUGGAGAAGAUGACAGACUGUCAGGCAGACGGGGACGGAGCCAGGAGCCCCAUGGAGCUGUACGAGAAGCUGAAUGCUCAGGGAGAAACAGUCAGGUCCUUGAAAACGGCGAAAGCAGAUAAAGCUGAAAUCGAUGCUGCUGUCCAGCUGCUGCUCAAGUUAAAAGUGGACUACAAACAGGUGACAGGAAACGAUUACAAAGCCGGAUGCCCGCCGUCAGAGAACGUGGUGAUGUCGGACAACGGGCCGGCAGCAGAUGGCGCUAAUGACGAAGACACAGUCGACCCGUGGAACGUCGCCACCGCUAACGCCAAAGGAGUCGAUUAUGACAAGCUCAUAGUGCGGUUUGGCAGCAGCAAGAUUGAUCAGGAGCUGGUGGACAGAAUAGAAAAAGUCUCAGGACAGAAACCGCAUCGCUUCCUACGAAGAGGAAUCUUCUUUUCACACAGAGAUAUGCACCAAGUCCUGGACGCCUAUGAGAAACACAAGUCCUUCUAUCUGUACACCGGCAGAGGUCCAUCCUCAGAGGCCAUGCACGUUGGUCACCUCAUUCCCUUCGUCUUCACCAAAUGGCUUCAAGAUGUGUUUGACAUCCCGUUGGUGAUCCAGAUGACUGACGACGAGAAGUAUCUGUGGAAAGAUCUCACACUAGAAGAAUGCCACCGCUUCACUGUGGAAAACGCCAAAGACAUCAUCGCCUGUGGCUUCGACGUCAACAAGACCUUCAUCUUCUCUGACCUCGACUACAUGGGUGCGUCCCCUGAGUUCUACAGAAAUGUGGUGAAGGUCCAGAAGCAUGUCACGUUUAACCAGGUCAAAGGCAUCUUUGGCUUUACUGACAGCGACUGCAUCGGAAAGAUCAGCUUCCCAGCCAUCCAGGCAGCUCCGUCCUUCAGCAACUCCUUCCCACAGAUCUUCGGAGGCAAAAAAGAUAUCCAGUGUCUCAUCCCCUGCGCCAUAGACCAGGACCCCUACUUCAGGAUGACCCGCGACGUCGCUCCGAGGAUCGGCUAUCCCAAACCCGCCCUGCUGCACUCCACCUUCUUCCCCGCCCUGCAGGGGGCGCAGACCAAGAUGAGCGCCAGCGACGCCAACUCGUCCAUCUUCCUCACCGACACGCCCAAGCAGAUCAAAAACAAGGUGAACAAACACGCGUUUUCGGGGGGAAAAGACACGGUGGAGGAGCACAGGAAGCACGGUGGCAACGCCGACGUGGACGUCUCCUUCAUGUACCUGACCUUCUUCCUGGAGGAUGAUGAGCAGCUGGAGAAGAUUAAACAGGACUACACGAGUGGAGCUCUCCUCACAGGAGAGCUGAAGAAGAUCCUGAUUGAGACGCUGCAGCCAAUGAUUGCCCAGCAUCAAGAGAGACGCAAACAAGUGACAGAGGAGACAGUGAAGCAGUUCAUGACACCCAGGCCUUUAAAUUUUAACUUCUAGCUGCUCGAGCGUCAGAGCUCAACGUUCAUCGUGUCAUUAUUCUCAGUACAUGAACAAAAACCAAUCCAGCUUUUUCCAUUUAAAUCUCUGUAAUUAGCGACGGGAUGAUGGGACGUUUUCCGAGAAAAUCCUAAAUGUAACCCACUGGAUCAAUGAUGUGCUUCUCUGUGUCUAGCUCAGCAUGGCGUUGAUGCACCUUCAUGCUGCUUGUCGGCUCCACGCUGCACCACACGUCUGUCUUCAUGAGGUGUUCGUAUUGCAGCUCUGUCAGAAGAUUAAAGCCGAGUACAAACAUGUGUCCUUGCAAAACCUGCCUAACGACCAACAUCAACACGACCACGCAUCCACUUAGCAGGUCUUAGUUUACUCUGAAGGAGCAGCGUUGUGAACAAACACUCCUACUUCGUGAUUACCACAAGCAGCUGUGGCGUUAGAGGCAGACGUCAUAUGAUGAUACGAGGCGUGUUGUGAGACACGGUGUGUGUGUUCAGCAGGAUAUCAGUGUUCUGUUCAGAGGAACUAAAGCUGAUGUGUCUGCUAUCAGCUAAACAGACGAUUCUUUCUCUGUGCAUAGUGUCAAUAAAGAAAAAUUCAACAAAUCCAACUGCAGGAACAUUUGAAAAUGAUUAUAACACAAUAUAUAGAACAAGUCAAACAUGUGAGACAGUAAAACCAAAGUAAAGAUGGUUUUAGUGGAAGUAAAAUGCACGUCAUCGAUUAUCAGGUUUGCAUUCAGUAACACUUCAGAAUGACUACACGGCUUUGUUCAUGUAACAUGUGGCAACAGAGAAGGCAAACGUGUAAAUAAUAAAUGAAUUGUGGCCUAA